AUGGCUGAUCUUACUCAAGAAGAGCGCGACACCAUCGACAAAAAUUCUCUCGGCGACUCGCUCAGCAGCGUUCGCGAGGCAUUGCGCGAGGCGGAACGAGACACGCAACACGAAACAUCUCAAUCAGAUGACAGCACGUGUGCACCAGAACGACCGCGCUUGUUCGCGGCAGCAAUAGGGAAGCUAUUCGUAAUAUUGUCUGCAUCCGAUGUCUCCUUGUUGCUUGCAUCGAGAACAGGAAGGGACGCUCUUGCGCCUGAUCUGACUGCAGUUCGCCUACGCGUGCUGAAAGGUGAUUUCGAGUACAAGCACUUUCGCCCAUUAUCGCAGUUUGUGAUCAAGCAGGCACCGGAUGUUGACAUCUGGGCUGCCGUCAUCGCCUUCGUUCGAUCACUUUCUCACUCGACUCCGCCGCCGAGCCUUCCGCCAUCCUUCGAAACCCCAAUCACCCAUUCAUCCGCCUCGCAGCAAGGGUCAGAACAGACGCGACGGAAGAUCGAACCUUGCGUGUUCGAAGAGAUUCGCUACUGUACACAUCGUGCGGUCGAUGGAUUUCACGAGAAAUAUUUUACGGGACACAAAUGGAACGGGCGAGCCAAGCGAAUCUGGCAGAGCAUCAAGAGUCGCUAUAGCGACGUUGAUAAGAGGUGGAUACAGCUACCUGACGCGGCCAGCGAGGACGAGGUAUGCGGCUGGUUGCUCAACUUGCAACAAGAGCUAUGGCCAACCGAACGAGCCGCGUACUUCAGGAGCGGUGGACGGAAUAAAGUUGGGGUUGAGGCAUCGCGACAGCUGGACCUUUUUGUGAAGAUGAGAAAACAUGAAGCAGCAAACACAAAGCACGACUGGCGGCACGUGUUGGUUGUCGGCGAGCUCAAGCAGUCCGACCAGGAAACCAAAAGCCUAUGGCUUCAGGUUGGCAGCGCUGUGCGAAAUGUGUUCGCUUACCAGCCUACACGAGUGUUUGUGCACGCCUUCACUUUGACCGGGACAGAGAUGGAGACAUGGGUCUUUGACCGGUCUGGGCCGUAUAGCGGCGCUACCUUUGACAUCCAUGAGGAGCCCGAAAAGUUCAUUCAAGUCGUCUGUGCAUAUUUGAUGAUGAGUGACGAGGAGCUGGGCUUGGAUACUUUCACCAAACCAAAGGACAAUAGGUUGUUUGUCACCAUACCUGUUGAAGCUCGCGGGAAGAAGCGGAAACGGCAACUGGAACUCGACCCCAAUCCAAUCGCCCAUCAGCGAGCCAUAGUUUGUCGCGGCACGUCUUGCUUCCUCGCCAGGGCCACUGGCGCUGCAGAAUUUGACAGAGUCGUAAAAUACUCUUGGACUUCCAGCAUGCGACCGCCGGAGGCUGAACUUCUCACCAAGGCAUACGAACGCGGCGUUAAAGGCCUUGCGAAAGUUGUUGGCUACUACGAAGAAGUCACUAGCAUAAAGAGGUUGCGUGAAGGUCUAGUCUUCUCGACUCCAUAUAAGUUUCGUGGCGUGCCACGCAGUGCUAAUACGUCCUUAUCUCAAUCGCAACCCCCACUAAGCCACUCUUUCAGCCAAUUUCACGGUCUCAGUAUUACCAGCAACGGACACAGCAAGAGGAAGUCGACGGAUUGGUCGAGCCAUCCGUCUAAGAGAUCUCGGUCGAACAGCCAGCUGGCUGAAACAGAACACGCAGAGAACGGCGUCACUUAUCCAAUCCAACAACCCCAAGGCACCAGUCUUGUCCAGCAAGACCAGGCACCAUAUGAUAACCGCAUCCUUCGCGUACUGGCUAUCUCUCCAGCAGGACGAUCUAUCAGCCAGUUCAAGUCUGUUUUCGAACUCCUCGAAGCUCUCGUGACGCCAUCAAAGUUCAUCGACGGCUUCAAGGGCAUGCUCAUCGACUUGGACUUAGCUAAGGAAGAAAACAAAGGCCCUAGCGGGGCUCGACACAGGACCGGCACAAUGGAAUUUAUGGCAAUUGAAGUUCUUCUUGGGAUUUCGCACACUUAUCGACACGAUAUUGAGGCCUUCUUCUACGUCCUCAUCUGGUUAUGCGCUCGCCGCGGCUGGGCAUUGGAUAGUACUUCGGAAAAACCGGCGACGAGGACUGUUCUUUCGCACUGGUACACCGGAACCUACAAGGACAUUGCGCGAAACAAGCUUGGCGACAUGGAUGAGGGAAAGGGUAAAGGGCUUGAUCUCAUAUUGGAAGAGUUUCCACCGGCAUUUGACUGUGUUAAGCCACUGUGUCGGGCGAUACGAAAGCUCUUAUUCCCAUAUAGAUAUGGACUUUUUACCGGUACUCCACGAGACCCGGAGAUACUAUACGACCCAAUCAUCCAAGCAUUUAAUGAUACUAUAGCAGGAAUUAGAAUGAGCGAAGCAAAGACGUGA